UCUCCAUAGUCGGUAGUUCAAGAAAAUUCACGAGAUGGCAUGACCGUCGCGGUAUCGCUGCGUGCACGAGACCAAGGAAUAUCAGUCGGUUUCUGUAUCUGUGCGUGUUUGGUGUAGUGAAUCAUACGCCAUUGCUUGUGGUGAUCUAUUCGGUUCCUAACUAUGUAUUGUGGCCAAAUGGAAUCUUUCUGAAAGUUAUUUUUUGUUUUAUUGGACUGUUCCAAUUCUCGUUUUCCGGGAACUGUGAAGGUAAAUUAAUAAAUGGGUGUGUCUGACACGAAUUCUGAGGCUUCAAUGGAGGUUGAAAUUGAUGUCAAACCUGAGAAAAUAGAGAAUGAGGAAACUGUAGUUCAGGACACCAAUUUCUGCAAAAAAAAGAAGAAAAGGAAACACAAACAUCAUCAUAAACACAAAAAACACCUCAAUGACAAAUGUGAUAAACAUGAAAAAAAACACCAUAAGAAAAAGAAACAUAAGAAAGAUGAAGCUGCAGAAAAUACUGUUUCUGAAGCAAAAGUGAAAUCUAAAGACAAUCUUUCUGUUAAGAUUCGUUCUGGAAGUUCAAAGCGUGAAGUCAAGGAAAUAAAAGAAGAAGUAAAAUCUUCUGAUGAUAAACCCCAAAGUGAAGUGGUUAAUGUAAAUGAGAAAGAAAAACCAUUAUCAGAAAAUACAAGCGAAAGUGUUGAAGGUACUGUCAGUGAUGUACAAAAUGUGCCUGCAGUUCCAGAUGUCUCCAAAGAAAAUAAUAAUGACUCAGUAAGUGAAGAAUCAAAAGUUAAAGAGAUACCUGAACUUGUUAAUGGUGUUAAUGCAAAUGACAAUGGACACACGGAUAAGGAAUCUCUAAAACCUGACGAGAAAGAAAUGCCAGUUGUUGAUCUCACUGAACAAAAACAACCCAAGAGUCAGGAUGAAGAAUCAUCAGAUGAUUCAGACUGCAAAAUAAAGGAAGAAUCAGAUUCAGAUAUUGAGAUCACAGUCAUUGAAGAUGAUAUUGAUCUUGAGGAUCUUAUGCGCCAAAAGGCAUUGUUACAAGCACGACUUGGUGCUUAUAUGUCUGAUGAUGAUGCAGAUGAGAAAGAAGAAAAAGGAGAUCCAGAAGUCAUUAACUUAGCUGACUCUGAUGGAGAGUCUACACGUCGGCGCACAGAUCGAAGAAAACGAAAACACAGUAGAAGCAGAAGUCAAAGCAGAGAUAAGAGGGACCGUACAGAAGGUAAAGCGCUUACUCCUGAUCGACGUAGAGAGAGAAAAGAAGAUAGAGGACGGGAUAAGAGGAGAACCUCUCCUCUGGAUAGAUCACGUGAUUUGCGUGAUGUUAAGAGGAGUAGAGAAAGUGAUUUAGACCACCGAUCGCGGGACAGAGAUGAUAAGAAUCAUCACCACCGAUCAUCUGAAAGCAUUCGCAGAGAAAUAGUUAGGGAUCGAAUUGAUGAUAAGAAUCGUGAUAGCAGGAGGCAGCACACAUCGAGGGAACAUGAAAUCUCCAGAAGAAGAUCCACCAGAAGUCGUUCGCCAGUGGGUCAUUCAAGGUCAUUCAGUCGAAGUCGUGAUCUCAGAAAUGAUAGAGAGAGAGAACGUGACAGAGAUAGAGAAAGAUCCCGUUUGGAAAGAGAAAGGGAGCGAGAAAGAGAACGAGAACGUGAAAGAGAGCGGGAAAGAGAGAGGGAUCGUGAAAGAGAUAGGUUACGACGUCAUCGUUCAAGUUCUCGAAGUAGAGAGAGAGAAAGAGAAAGGGAUAGAGAACGAGACAGAGACAGAGAUCGGGACAGAGACUAUCAUCGGUCGAGACAUUCCAGGCAUGGUAGAGAUAGGCGUGAUAAAUCAGAUAGAUUUAAGGACAGUUUAUCUGAGGGCCUAGGAGCUGAUAAAUCAUCAUCUGAAGGAGAUUUAGAAGACAUUGAUAUUGAGGAAGAUGAAGAUGAAGAACAAAUAAUUCAAAAGCGAAGAAAGCAAAGAGAAGAACUCCUUAGGAGAUUGGGUGCUGCAAGUGAAGAUUCGAAUCUUUCUAAUGUCAACAACGCAUCAGGAGUUAGUAGUCCUGAACGCCCACCUCCUUCAGAGGAGAAUAGCUUAAAUGGGCAUGGUGAUACCAUACCACCAAAAGAUGCAGACGAAAGCAAUCCUAUAAUCGAAGACACGUCAAAGAGUCAGGCAUUGAAUCAUAAUCAGACUGAUAAUGAUUCUGCUAGCAAUGAAGCUCUCAUACCUUUGCCAGGGGAAGAUAAGCCAUUGAAACGAGCUUCAAGGUUCACUUCUUAUGAUCCUAAUGAAAGUGACAAGACUGAUAAACGUGACCGCAAAGAUGGAAAGAAGAAUGAAUGGGAUAUGUUUGCUGAGGCUGACCAUUUAGAAACUUACAAUAGCCCUGGAACAGUUGACAAAACACAAGGUGGUCCUGAGAAUCCUAGCUUAACAGACAAUUGGGAUGAUGCUGAAGGUUACUACAGAGUAAGAAUUGGUGAAAUUAUGGAUGGACGUUAUGUUGUUUAUGGUUAUACUGGCCAAGGUGUAUUUUCAAAUGUAAUUAGAGCCAGAGAUAGUGCACGUAGUAAUUUGGAUGUGGCAGUCAAGAUAAUUCGUAACAAUGAAAUAAUGCACAAAACUGGCUUAAAAGAACUAGAAGUAUUGAGGCGGUUGAAUGAUGCUGAUCCGGAUGACAGGUUUCACUGUUUGAGACUUUUUAGACAUUUCUUCCAUAAAAAUCAUUUAUGCAUGGUGUUUGAACCGCUGAGCAUGAAUCUCCGUGAAGUACUUAAAAAAUAUGGUAAAGAUGUUGGACUGCAUGUAAAAGCAGUACGUUCGUAUAGUCAGCAAUUAUUUUUAGCUUUGAAACUAUUGAAAAAAGCUAAUAUUCUUCAUGCAGACAUAAAGCCUGAUAAUAUUUUGGUAAGUGAGAGCAAAUUAGUUUUGAAGCUGUGUGAUUUUGGAUCAGCCUCUCAUGUUGCUGAAAAUGAAAUUACUCCUUAUCUUGUCAGUCGUUUCUACCGUGCUCCAGAAAUAAUUUUAGGCAUUCCGUAUGAUUUUGGUAUUGAUAUGUGGUCAGCAGGUUGUACAAUAUAUGAAUUGUACACUGGCAAGAUCAUGUUCUCAGGGAAAACCAACAAUCAGAUGUUGAAGUUUUUUAUGGACCUUAAAGGCAAAAUGCCUAAUAAAUUAAUUCGAAAGGGACAAUUCAAGGAGCAGCACUUCGAUACUAACUGUAAUUUCCUAUAUCAUGAAGUGGACAAAGUGACCGAGAGGGAGAAAGUGGUGGUUAUGUCAACAUUGAACCCUUCACGAGAUUUACUGGCAGAGUUAAUAGGCAAUCAAAAUCUUCCAGAAGAUCAGAUGAGGAAAGUCAACCAACUGAAGGAUUUACUAGAGAAAAUCCUCAUGUUAGAUUCAUCAAAGCGAGCUGCUAUCAACCAAGCUCUUACACACCCCUUUAUUCAAGAGAAAAUUUGAACUAAUUAUGCAAAAAGUGAAAUGUGUUGCAAGGAAAGGGGUGUGUUGUUGGCUGAAUCCUCUUCAAAAUUGGCUGUGUUUUUGUAAGGAAUUAAACUCUUCUGCAGGACCUAUUGGAAAUUAAUUUUUUGAAGUAUAUGAAGAUGAACGUGUUGUGAACAUGAAUGGACGUCAUUGAAGUUGUUUGGCUGCUUGGUUUGCCAGAAAUUUGGAGGAUCCACAGAGAACAAGAGUGGGGUGAAUGAUUGUUCUUAGAGCUUCUUCAUAAUGUCUUGGGCGCCCGGCCAGCUCUCCUGUUCCCAGACAAUGGACAAGACAUCAUAGCAGCCCAGACAUGUUGAAGGAGCUACAGUGUGAUGGAGCUCCAUAUGUCUUCAGUUGCUGUGGUGCUACCAUCAGUUGUAGCUGUUGAAAGCUCUUCUCCUGAAAUGGGUAAAUCUCUUCAUACUACCCGCAUUGUGAGCUAGAAUUUGAUUACUGUGUAUACAGGAUGGUAAUAUUCAGGUAAGUGGGAAACACUUGUAAGCAGCUCUGUAUUUUUAAAUUUUUUUAUGAAUAAUGUUUUUUUAGAAAUUUUAUUUAUUAAUUUAUUUAUUCAAAGAGAUUAAAAAUUAAACUAUUUUAAUUUUUUAUCUGCACAUGUUCUCAUUAUUAUUUAUCAAUAAUAUUUCACUUUCAAUUUUUUUAUUUUCCUACUUUUUUGUUAUGAUCUUUUUUAUUGUUUUCUGGUGUUUUGAUUUGUCUAGCAAUAGACGGAAAAUGUUUAGACCAACAAGAAUCUCUUUUUGGGGAAUAGUGAGUUUGAGUGGUAUAUUUGAAAAGUUGUAUUUGCAGGUAGCCUACAAGAUGAAAAUCCAUCUAUUACUUAAAGUAAUUUAAUAAUCUUGUAAUAUCAUUUAUUUGACAUGAGUAUUUUCUGUUAUAGAUUUUCAGUGAAGUGAUGCCUUUAAUGUCAAUAUAACCAGUGAAAAUUCAUGGAUAUUUUCAGUUAAUCAAUAAAAGCUUUUGAAAAAUUCUCUUGUUUCAUUUCUUAA